GGGGAGCACAGACGCAGUGCUACCUGGACUUUAUAGCAGGGACUUUAUUUCUUAGACGUUUGUCAUUUCUCCUGGUGUCUGUCGUUCAGCACAGCCGGCCAACAUGCCCACUGACGCACAAAGCGAUGCCCGCUCCUUCCUGACUGAGGAGAUGAUUGCAGAGUUCAAAGCCGCCUUCGACAUGUUUGACACAGACGGCGGCGGUGACAUCAGCACCAAGGAGUUGGGUCAAGUGAUGAGGAUGCUGGGUCAGAACCCAUCAAGAGAGGAGCUGGAUGCCAUCAUUGAGGAGGUGGAUGAGGAUGGCAGUGGUACUAUCGACUUUGAGGAGUUCUUGGUCAUGAUGGUGCAGCAGCUAAAGGAGGACCAGGCUGGAAAGAGCGAAGAAGAGCUUUCGGAGUGUUUCCGCAUUUUUGACAA